AUGUAUAAAUGCGAUCCAUGUGAUUUUAAAACCAUUUAUAAGAGAAGUCUUGUACGGCAUCAACUACAACAUAAACACAUCCCAGAGGAGGAGAUGUUCAAAUGCGAAUCAUGUGCUUAUAAAGCCUUUUAUAAGAGGAGUCUUACGCAUCACCGACUAAAGCAUAAAGACGUUCCUGAGAAGAUGUUCAAAUGCAAUUCAUGCGAUUUUAAAACCAUUUAUAAGAGCAAUCUUACACAACAUCGACUAAAACAUAAAGACAUCCCGCCCGAGAAGAUGUUCAAAUGUGGUUCCUGCGACUUUAAAACCAUUUAUAAGAAGAGCCUAAGACAACAUCAAAUAACACAUAAAAACAUCCCUGAAGGGGAAAUGGUCAAAUAUUAUUCCUGCGAUUUUAAAACCAUUUAUAAAAGCAAUCUUACACAACAUCGACUAAAACAGAAAGACAUCCCGCCAGAGAAGAUGUUCAAAUGUGAUUCCUGCGAAUUAUUUAAAACUAUUUAUAAGAAGAGCCUUAGACAACAUGAAAUAACACAUAAAAACAUCCCCGAAGGGGAAAUGUUCAAAUGUUAUUCCUGCGAUUUUAAAACCAUUCAUAAGAACAAUCUUACGCAACACCAGUUUUAUAAACAUCAGCUGAGACACAAAGACAUUCCAGAGGAGAAUAUAUUGAAAUGUGAUUCCUGCGAUUUUAAAACCAUUCAUAAGAGGAGCCUUAUACAACAUCGAGUAACACAUAAAAAGAUCCUUGAAGUGGAAAUGAUGUUGAAAUGCGACUCCUGCGAUUUUCAAACCAUUCAUAAGAGGAACCUUACGCGACAUCGACUAAAACAUAAAGACAUCACCAAGAAGGAGAUGUUGGAAUGCGGUUCAUGCAAUUAUAAAACCAUAAGCACAGCCUUAAACGACAUCAACUACAGCACAAAGGCAUCGCUGAAAGGAAAUAUUGAAAUGCAAUUCCUGAGAUUUUAA